UUUAUAAUUUGGUAUAAUGCAAAUUAAAGAUGAGAAGCCCACAUCCAUUUUAAGAGAUAACGAAGGCAAAAAAGAAAAAACUGGUGAAAGUAAAAACAAAAGCUCGAAACGCAUUCCUCUAAGAAUAUUGAUAAUUGAGCCCAGUGGAAGAUACUGUAGGACUAUAUGGUGUGCUAUUGGCUUAGGAACAGUUCAUGUCUUGAUAGGGGCAGUAGUUAUGUCUGUUAUAAUGUAUUCUUUGAAGACAAAGGAUGCGCAUGCAGCGGUUUGUACUGCAGCGUAUCACUUUUUCGCGGUGGAAGCGAUAUUAAGCCUCAAUUAUGCGAAUGGUUGGUCCACACCAAUGAGAAUCAGGCACAGACGGUUUGCCCACGUGCUUCUACAGAUGUGUGCUAUGGCUUUCGCAGUUACUGGAACAGUACUCAUAACAACGUCUAAGGGACUCUCAACCAGCGCUCAUGGACUCACCGGUACUAUAACGGCUAUACUCUCCUUCAUAACUUUUUUAUUAGGCCCCUGCGCUCUAUUCGGUGGUCGUUAUUUAAAAUUGGCCCAUGUUUCCUUCGGUAUACCAACGUUCAUAAUGUCAUCGAUAUGUUUAUGCUGCGGACUUUAUACGAAGGCCUUUAGAGAGUGGGCGAGUCCAACUGUGAUAUACGUUCUAAUUGGUUUUAUAGUAUUCUAUACGAGUUUUAUAAUGAUCACGUGUUUUAUCAAAUGUGCAAUGAGAAUAUAAUCAUUUUAACGAUGCUUUGAUUUAUUUUUAUUUGAGUACUAGUGUUUUAUUGUCUUUAACGACUUUAAUUGUCAUGUCGCU